CUAUUGCAGCAUCGAGCAGAAAUGUGGCUGUCAACUCGUAGGUCUGAAGAGAGAGAAAGAGAGGGAGAGAGAGAGAGCGAGAGAGAGAGAGGUUAGGAGCUCCGUACGCAUCCUGCUCCAGAUGGCGAUUUAAACGCAGACAGCAGGCUACAGAGGGAUAGAGAGAAUCACAAGACUGCACACUAGACCCGCGAGCUCAAAAUAAUCGAAAACUACAGAAUGAACCAAAACACGAAAUGAGCGAAAACAAAGACAACCAUUUAGGCGCUCGAAAUAUGAUAAAAGAUUUUUACUGACUGGAGUUGACAACAGCAUCUCAAGCCAAUUGUUUCAGUGGAAUGAGCGGUCCUAUAUGCCUGAAUAGUUGGAUCGGUUGGCAAUGACGGUCUGAGAAGCGUGGUGUCUGCUGAGCAAAACCGAGUGAUUCAUUCAGCUUUGACAUGAUCAAACAAAGGGAGACUAAUUUUACGGAUGUAUAAAGACUUGAUAUUGUAAAGUAAUUUGGACGAUUGUGUGCCAAACAACGGGUUCAAAGUCGUCUACCGAGGAGUAGCAUUUGGAACAAGCGGAUCCAUGCCCAAAUGAAUUUCAUAUUUUUACGUUGGAUGUAGCCUACCGCGCGCAUCGGACAAGGAUUUGUGAAGUAGCCUAUUUUCUCUGACAAUUUUAAGAUUACACAAAAUAUUUAUAUUUUGUAUCAGUUUGCCGACGGUGAGCACAAAUGUUAAUACAUAGCUAAAUCAACUAUCACUGUGGUUUCUUUACUGUAUUAGCCCAUCCUUGCUAACAGAAAAUGAGAUCUAAAACAGCUCACAUUUAGAUAACGAAGAGAAGUUGUGAUUCCCCCCCCCUCAAAAUCCAGAUAAACUGUUGGUUUUUACCAUCGAAAACGGACAGUAGACCAAAGACUUCUAUGUACUAAAGGAUCACAAAGCUCUGUCUAGCUUUGCGAUAUAGUUUUCAAUUUAUAUCUAAGAAGUGAAUUACCUCAUAAUUUAUUGAACCGAAAAGUCAACAACACCGCUUUGAAUCCAAAGGAAACAUUUUUUUUUUUUUUUUUGACUGUAAACGUGUCGAAUUGAUCAUUUUUUUCUCGCUCAAUAUCUUUCAUUAUCAAAGAGAAGGAAUAACACCUUUAUGAAUGGUGUUCAAUAUCUCCGAAGGCUUUAUCCUUUCUUCCAAAUAAUGAGGAUCGGGGCGUUAUAAUCGUCAUUCUUUGGUUUGGAUUAUCUUCGCUGCAAUUACCUCAGCCUGAACCCGACCUUCACAAAUGCUGAACGGGAGCAGUCACUCAAGUCACUCGCCCACGUCGCUCAACGGGGCGCCCUCUACACCCAACGGCUUCAGCAACGGCCCRGCCAUGUCGUCCACCGCCUCCCUGUCCAAUCAGCAGCUGCCYCCMGCCUGCGGRGCCCGCCAGCUCUGCAAGCUCAAGCGRUUCCUCACCACGCUGCAGCAGUUCGGCAACGACAUCUCGCCCGAGAUCGGAGAGCGGGUCCGCAGUCUGGUGCUGGGUCUGGUGAAUUCCACCCUGACCAUAGAAGAGUUCCACUCCAAACUCCAGGAGGCUACCAACUUCCCGCUGCGUCCCUUUGUCAUUCCGUUCCUCAAGGUAAGCACAUCAAAACACAACGUAGACACUCCCUCCCUGUUCCCAGAAGGCUGCCUAGGAAUCCCCAGGUUAUUUUCCAGUAUGACCAAAGACUCAGAGAGAGACGGGCACCACCCGGAGCACCUGGCCAAGCGGCCCUGCACCAUCAGCCCUGUAACAGGAGUGGAUGCAGGCGCGUGGUCAGGGCUGGCGCGCGUCAGCGAACGCAUACCGGGGCGGGCGCGAGCGAGUGCAGGGCGGUCGCUGGCGGUGGUGCGGAGCCGUGAGGCACUGCUGGAGCUAAGCCUCCUUAGGACUCCGCGAGAGACUCCUUCCCCCACCACCACUGCGUUCGGGGCCGGGCGACGAGAGCUGGAGCCAAGCUCUCCUCUGGAACGUGUGUCGGGGCGGACGGCGCACGGGUUGCGCCUGGAGCGACGGGUGUCUCCAGAGAACACUGCCUUGCCCGGGAGGCCCCCUGUAGACCCUGGCCACAGACCGUGCAUGGUGCCUCUCUCCCAGGAAGUCUUUGCUGCUCAGAGCGGCGCUCUGAUCAUGUCUCCCCCUCCCUCCCUCCUUCCCUCCUCCUCCCCCCUGCAGCUGCUCAACUGCAUCAUGGACAUGGUGGAGAAGACACGGCGGUCUCUCACGGUGCUGCGGCGUUGCCAGGAAGCCGACCGCGAGGAGAUGAACCACUGGAUCCGACGCUACAGCGACGUGGAAGAUAUGAAAAAAGGUGGGAGCAACGGCCAGCCACGCCCUCCUCCUCCUCCUCUACCUCUACCUCCUCACAACUCCUCCAACACUCCUAACAACGUCGAGACACAGCAGCCCAUAGAGAUUCAUAGGGACUUCCUGCACAGACCUGCGUCUGGCUACCUACCUGAGGAGAUCUGGAGGAAGGCUGAGGAGGCAGUGAACGAGGUGAAGAGGCAGGCCAUGUCGGAGCUACAGAAGGCUGUGUCGGACGCUGAGAGGAAGGCCCAUGAGAUGAUCUCCGCUGAGAGGUCCAAGAUGGAGAGGGCGCUGGCCGAGGCCAGGAAACAGGCCUCUGAGGAUGCACUGACCGUCAUCAACCAGCAGGAGGACUCCAGCGAAAGCUGCUGGAACUGUGGACGCAAGGCCAGUGAGACGUGCAGCGGCUGCAACACGGCGCGCUACUGUGGCUCCUUCUGCCAGCACAAAGACUGGGAGAAGCACCACCACGUCUGUGGCCAGGGUCUACAGGGCCUCCCCGGGGGCAGCAGUGUUCCUCUGGGCACCCCCUCCUCCAGCGCACCCCCUACACACUCAGAGAGCACCCCCCCUGGUCCACUCUCCCUGCCCGGCCAGACCAGUGGUGGUGGGGGAGGCAGUCUCUCCGGGAGUCCUAAGGAGGCUAGCUCCAGCAGUGCCUCACGCUCCACCACCCCAGCGACCCCUGCACUGCUGGACGCCACCUCUCGCUGACCCCGCCCUGCCACGCCCAGUCACUCCCACUGAUGCUACAGUACAGCUGCCAUCCAUCCUAAAUGAACAGAGGAAUCUCCAUCGAUCGCACUGCACCCUUUCCUUCUUCUGUACGGCAUCUGUAGUGGUCCUACCGUGAAUACUGCACCGUUGACUACUUCUUAGCUACCUGAAGUCCUCGUUUUCUCCUCAACGUCCCCCCAAAAAUCGUUCUGACUGUCUCUCAGCCGCACAGACUUUCUCUCUGUCAAACUCGAAACUAGUCAAGGGGUCCACUGUUGUGUUUAGCAUGGCUAGGGCUUAAUUUACUGAAUGCUCAAAAUAAACCAAUGCAGAAGCAGAACUUCCUCUCUAUUACAAAAAAAACCCACACCAGACUUGGUUAUUGAACUCUGAUAAUGUCAUGUGAAGAUAAGCUUUGUUAUAUGCCAGACCAACACGUGGCCUCAGUAACAUAAGCCCAGUCAGUGCUGUGUAUGUCGGGGGCUUGCAUUGCAUGAGACCCGUUAUGGUACCACACGUAUUGUGAAGAAGAGAUCUGAAUUUAGCACUUGGAGAGGAUUUCCCUUUAACGCAGCAGCAGUGGGAUGACUCUUAACCCCCAGCAUGUGCACUAACAGCCCAGACCUCUGAGAGAUGGAUAGAUAGAUGCGUCUAUAGAACAGGCUCCUCUGUGUACUGGGCCAUGGACAUGUUCUGAUUGAGGUCCCCUAUCUAAGAAGCCAGACACCAGUCAGGAAACCCCUCUUCCGAUGGAGGAGAGGGGAUAAGAUACACUCAUGGUGUGAUUUUUUUUCUCCUCAGAAACUCUUCCAUAAUACGGCUAAUUAUUUAUCUAAUGAUUCAUUUUUGGGCUUUAAGGAAGACAAAGAAAAGUCCAAAUAUUCUAAACAAAUAAUAAUAAGAAAAAUCAUUAAAAAAAAAAGUGAACUACCUUGCUAGCGAGCCAAGAAAAUGACACCGGACUCACCUCUCUGUACCGAUGUGAACCCAAAUGAAUUCAAAGAAGGGAAAAACAUGAUCCAAACCUUUUUAUUACACUGCCAAAGUUACUAAGAGACAAGGAGAAGCACUCAUCUUGUAACCAAACGCAAGCAACUUCACCUCCUCAGCAGCAAAGCUCUGGGAGAUAAAGGCUGUAGAGCAACAACAGGAGUCACACAAAAACUCUAUAUUGAGUGUACUGUAGCUGGCCUCUGUCAGCCUGAAAAUACCCACAGUGAUCCACAGAGAGAGAAAUCCAGAGCAAACAUUUGAACCGCCUGCCACAAAAGACAAUUGAAAUGGAAGGACGAACCACUGAAUGUGACAGUGAUUUAUGUGAAUGGCAACGGAAUGGACAAAGAAGCAGCUACUUGGCCUCAAAAAGAAGAUGAAAGGCAUUGGAACUGCCAAAAAGAACCUCAAAAAAACUGAUAACCUGUCCAAGCAAGCAUUGUACAGUACGGAUAAGACUUUUGUUCCUAAUUAUGUUUUUUAACUCUAUCAAGAGGAUACAUUUCAGUCGUACCUUUUCACCCUCCUUUUCCAAAGCAUGACAAACAGACUAACGAGCCUCAUAAGCGGUGUAGACUCAGUUCUCUUCUCUCUCUUUCUACCUCCCCCCCACUUUCCUGUAUGUUCCUCCCUAAAACUCUCUCGUUCCUCAGUCAACCCUACCCCCUUUGGACAUAACCUCUGAGCAGAUAUCUGGGAAGGGAUCAAACCUGCUUGUAGAUAUUCCUUUCUUUGUUUCUCGAUAAAAAAAAAUGUCUCUGUCUCUGGUGUCCACCUGUGCUGCCCUUGUGCGUUUUCAGAAAGAGGGACUUUUCUUCUUUUUAAGUUUGGACAAAACAUUGAAGCAGGAGCAAAGACACUCUAGGAGAGAAAACCCCAUGUUGUACUUAUUGUUCAAUUUGUUGUAUCUUUAUCAAUGAAAAGAAAAUCCUCUUGUAGAAUAUUUUAUAUUGCUCGCAUUGUAAGACAGUGAGAGGACYGAGGUGCAAUAUGAAGAGAAUUCAGCUACUGYYUGYAWCCUCAGCKACUACCCAUAGGGGGUCAUAUAAUAUAGAUACAUAUAAAUAUAUUUAAAAUAACAUCAGUAACUUAAUGUGAAUGUACAUAGUAUUUAAAGAGGUCCAAAAAUGUGUUUGCCAAAUAACAGAAACCUUUAAAGUAAUGUACAAUGUCCAGAAUAUGAUUUCUUUCCAGUUAAUUUUUUAAUCAAAGGAAUUUUCAUUUCUCAUAAAUCCUUCUUUUCUACCAGAUUAGCAAAAUCUGUUGAGUGUGUAAUCUCAAAAAGAUGUUAUGAGGAGGGAUGUUGGCAGCGAUAGUGGUUUUCUUCUGGAGUCACAGUUCUUAUAGCUCCCCCUGUGAUUGAUGGCAGCGUACUCCACUGACUCCCUUCAAGAGGAGCCAGCUAUAGCUCUCAUGACAGGCCCAAGAUGAUGGUUUUAAAGAGGAGAAAGAGAGGCUUAUCACACAUUGAUUCUAAAAGCGUCCUAGCAUGAGGCUAAAUUACUCCACUACUCUGGAUAUUGGAUUCAAAACGCAACAACUUGUGCCCAAAAAGUUAUCUGUAUCUGUGUGAAACAUUGCCAUCCAUUGGGCUGAAGUGCCACUGCAGUGGGCCACACUGAAAACCCUGUGGGUUGCCCUCAAAACAAAGCCAACACACUGGUCUGGAAGUCUGAAGCUUAACCUAACCAUGAUACUGCCCAAUCCUUUCACUGGUUAUUUUUUCUUACUCUGUCCAUAGAUUAGUUUGUGAAGAUGCAGUCUCAGUCAUUUAUCCUCAUGUAGGGUUAGGAUCCUAGCAAGGCGAAAAGGACUCAGAAGCUGGGAGAGUUGGAACAGAUGUCUUCACAAUCACAGGCUAACAAGGAGGAAUGCCAUCUCAUACAGUAAUGUCAUCACAAGCUAUAAGUUAAAACAUCAUUAAGUUAGAAUUACAAGCUCAAAUGGCUUUCAAACGUAGCAUUAAAUCGGGGCUGUACCUGCCAUGUUAAAAUGAAUGAUAUAACAAUCCCUAACCAAUUGGCCACAUAACUCUAAAAUGGACCAAGCUGUUGUGUUGUUUUAUCUUCUACUGUUACAAGUAUGGUCUGCCAGGCUCUUUCUCAUUUAAAACCCAGAGUGACAUAUUGACGCAGAAACGAUUAGAUGUCUAUUAGCAUUGACAGUGUGUUUAAUGUAUCACAUAUGUACAUGAUCUAUUUUCCUAUAUGUCAGUAUCGAAAAGUAAUAUAUAAAUCGUUCAAAUGUGACAAGCUGCGAGGUACCCUGCAUCUGCGUGUAUAUGUGUGUCGUAUGUUAUUACCGAUGUAUUGAAAUGACUUCAGCCUGUUUGUGUUUCUAAACCUCUUCAGCCCUCUGCUCUUUAACCCCCACCUGAACAUCCCUCCUGUCUCCUGACCCACCACAAGCUACCUCCUGUGACGCUGCAGCACAUGACUGGGAGAGGUCACUGAGCUUUGGGAGCAGGGCUGCGAGCAGACAUGCAAACUCACACAAACAUCAGAGCAAAUAGGAAACAAACCCGAAAGAUCUAAUACUGAUAACUUUACAAUGUGAAUAUUUUCGCACCUCAACUCUGUCAGUCAGAAAUAGUGAUCAAAUGAGGAACACUCAGAUGAUUUUGAUUCUAGACUCUCUYCGUACACAACACUGURCAGGMUUCGAUYUACAGUAAUUCCUUCCAUACCCAAGCUGAACGUWAAACCAUUACAUGCCAUUUGUAGUCCAAAACAAAUAAAAGCACAGACCAAAGUAUUUCUGCACGGCYGUYGAUUUUGAAAUUGUGUKGAGWAAGACCAGAAAUAAGGAGGCUUGAGGCCAACUAUACCUGUUAACCAAAGUGUCUGAAAUAAACACAUGCUCAAAGCACAAGACAAAAACAAACAACCAACGCAUCUGUGAAGGUGGAGAUUUGUAGAUUAUUUAUUCAAGCAAUCAAAGCGCUUGUUUCUACAUAUCUAAUGCCUCAGAUAAGACUACAGAAACAUCUCCGGAAUGCGUAAUGAUUGCUUUGAGUUUUCUUCCUAAGCCUUGCUUACAGAUGGAAUAAAUGCAUGGUGUGUGUGUGUGUGUGUGUGUGUGUACUUGUUUUUCUCUUUUCACAGUUUCUCUGUACAAACUACUUGAACCUUCAGAGCUUUAAUGAAACAUCUCAGUCAGAAUAAUGGCAGAGAAUUCUAAAGAUGUAGCAGUGCACUGAGAGGGAAAGACAGAGUGAACUCACCCACCAUAUUAUCCACAACAUUACUGUAGGUUUUGAUGACAUUUCAAUACACAUUAUCCUUUAAUGCUCUCUGUGUGCUUUGCUUGUCUGCGAAUCAACCCUGAAACACAAUAACUCUUUGAUUUGUCACAACUUGUGGCAAAUGCUAUUUUUAUUGACCAAAAAAAAAUGUGUGUUUGUAAUAUCUAUCACACCAUCUCUCUCUUUCUCUGCUGUCCCUUCUUUAGCCCAGCAUUGGGGCACAUGUUCUUUGAGCAGGUCUAUACAGGGGUUGAUGCUGUUGGACAUUUGGCCAUGUAAGCUGUCACUGAAAGGACAGCUGAAGUAGAGUUAGCAUGCUGAGUUCCUAUUCUGUGUGACCCACUAAUUCUCUUUUUUUUAUGACCAGACAAGGUCAACAAGGUUCCUAAAGUGGUAUGGGCUCUGAGGAAAGGAUUUAGGUUCUGGACAUGGAAUAAUGGAAGACCAACUGUGUGUGGAGUGUUCUAUUUCAUUCAUGCCCUGUGAUGACUCAUGUCAUAAUGGGGUAUUAGGAGGACUGUUCCUGCCUCUGAUGUAAAAUCUACAUAGCCUGGAGGUCUAUGCCUCUUAUAUAUAGAUAAAGACUGUCAUUCAUUCACACAUACAGACCACUUUCUUAUCUCUUUAGGUUUUUAUUACGGCAUACAUGAAGAGGGCAAAUUCUGUAUUUUCGAUGGCAAAUACUAGCAUGUUGGCAUCAGCCUCUCCCUAACCAUUUACCACCAAUCUAUCAAUGGAGUUUCCUGGCUCAUCUGAUUUUAGCGAUUGAUUGCCCUGUAAAGCCCGCACUGAUACAAAGCUGAUUUGGCAAAAGUGGAUACAGCUCUUGGUCUCCCCAAGCCAUGGUAGGGAUGAAAGUGUUUUGUUUUUGUUUUUUACAUUAUUACUUCAAGACAAAGACUUGGUUUUAUAUGUGUAGGGAAGCAUUAUAUACUGUAUUGUGCAAUACAUUAUUACAGAAAAAAAAAAGUUUCUGUAGGAAAGGUUGGCGCUUUGAAGAAAAAUGUAUUUUCCUCUUUAAGGGUCCUAUUACCAUUCUUUAGAUGAAGUGAACUGUGCCAGAAGAAUUUAAUUCUGAUUUUUAUUUAUUUAUUGCAUGCUUUCCUUCCCUUUUUGCUAUUCCCCUUCUUUAACUGUGCGCUAUGUUGGAUGUGUGAAGCUGUAAACAUUCUAAUUCAGGUUAUCGUCUGUGUUGAGCUAUGUAACUGCGUAAUUAAACAUGAAAUGAAAUAUCAAACAUAUUUCCUGA